AUGACGACGCCGGGAGACACCGGGCAGAGGGCCAUGCAGCGGGCGGAGGCGGGCGCAGAGGGCGGAGCGGAAGCGGGGCCGCAGGGGGGCGCCCUUUCUCAGGAACCCGCGGCCAGCGGCCAGGGGCGUCUCCCCGCACAGUCCGGGGCCCGUCCCCGCACCCUGAGUCGCAGCGCGGACCCGCAGGCCGAGAGCCUGGUGCUCGAUGAGGUCCCAGACGUGUUCGUCAUGAGGCUGUUGCUGGAGGAGACCGGAGAGACGUUCGAAGUGCCAAACUGCCGCGGCGACAUGACUGUGCGCGAACUCAAAGAGGAGCUGGACCUCAUAGCCGGCGUCCCCUUGAACCUGCUGCAGCUCCACUACCUGGACCAAGGAGUUAUGAUGGAUGACAGCACUCUGAACUUCCAUGAUGUUGUUCCCAGAGGAAUUAUUUCAUUAUGUGUCUGGCACUAUGAUGGAUGGACAGACCUGGUUUCGGCAGCUGUGGAAGGGGAUACCAGCAAGCUCGCUUGCCUCGGCGUGGUUGAAGAUUCUCCGUACCAAACCGCGAAUUCGCAGUAUUUGGGGGAGAAGCACUGGAGGACCUGGGUGGCCCAGAGGGCGUUCGUGGCCUUGUACAUCGCCUCACACAGGGGCCGCGUGGAGGCUGUCCAGUACCUUCUAGAACACGGUGCCAACUGUCUCGGCCGGUCCCCCAUGGGCAGGACGCCUCUGCACGUGGCCGUAGCCAUGGGCCAGUCGGAUUGCAUAAGCCUCCUGCUCAAGUUCGGGGCGUCCAUCCUCGCCAAGGACGCCAAGGGCAUGAGCCCCCAGGCCAUCGCCCGCCAGCUGAACCACAGGAGAGAUGAGCGGCAGAUGUUCCUGUCCUACUGGAUGACAAAGUCCGAGAGAAAGGACCCAAAGGACUCGGGGGAGACCAAGGCUCUCCCGAGCAGAAAGUCCGGCCCCGGCUCCGACUCCGGCUCCGACUCCGGCUCCACGCAGUAAAAUAAGACUCAGCUCCCACUGCGGUGUCUGCUGGUCGCAGCCGAUUUGGGCAACUUGGGAAGAGUUCAGAUGACCCUUGGUGGGUGGGAAGGCGGGGAAACGCAGCAAUCCAGCCAAAUCAGAGAGUAAAUUAUCUGUCCUGCUCACAAAUGACCUGGGCAGGAGUUGAUAGGAAAAGGUGAGUUGUGUCCAUUUUGUAAUCCAUUACGGCCCUAAUAGGCUGAUGGCAGCCUUUAAUUGAAGCUAUUUGUACCUGGUGCCCAAUAACGCCGCUUGGGGUGAGGAGGGCCGAUUACCUUCUCCCACGUCUGGAGGCUGUCUAAUGCAUCGGGGUAAUGGGCGUCACCGGGAUAAUGAGGACAGCUCUGUUGUUAUUGUACUGAGCGAGUGUUGGCAAAUGUUGGGAGGGCAUGGGCAGCGUGGACUGUGAGGUUCAGUUUGUAAAAAUCA